AUUCACUGUCUACACUAGCUCUGCUCUGUAUGUUGGUACCUCACCAUCCAUACUGUUCACAAGAUCGCACCUGCGUCCGCAAAAGAAGAACCUUACUCUUACCUUGCACAGUGUCAACGUCACGUCACCAAUACUAAACUCCCUCGUACUUUCCUCAAUGGUGCUAUCGACAUCCCCAUCCAGCUGUAGCUAGAACGCGUGCUUCUCGCGUAGCGGAUGGCAGCUCUGGCCACCACCAUCAUGACUCUGGGGGAGAUCAAUGAGGGCCCAAAGAAGGUCUUCCCCCUCUUCCAGCGACCCUCAAGUAAGAUCUGGAUUGCGCUCCGAAGGAAAUGCUGUGCUAAUUGAUCCAGCAAAACCAACGGUCCCCGCCCCGAGUCAAACUGACCCGACGAUCCCCUCGAAGGUCCUGAACCCGCCAAACAAGAAUGGCAGCAAGAAGAAGGCCACCGCAGGCAGCAAAUUAAAGCAGGAGAUUAAGAAGGGGCCCCUCGACGUACUUGUGUUUGUGGAGCAGGACAAUGGGAACGGGACUGCUCGAUCAGAACUCCUAACGAUCGAUCCAAACAACGGCAGAAGGAAAAGACGGAAAACUGCCUCGCAAAGCAGCAAGAUAGAGACAGGAACCCCUCGAGACGACGAUGUGGUCGUUAUUGAAGGACCUCCGCCAAAAGCUCGCCGUGGCAGGCCGAAAAGAAGUACGAAGGAGGAAAGCUCCUCCAGACCAUUAGAAACACCAGCUGUGGAAGCAAGUUUACUGGAGGACCAUUUCAUACCAGCUUUGCCUUCGAUAACCGGGCUGGGUCGAGCAGUCACAGACAACUCCUUUGAAACACCUAUUCUCUCGAGCAAGACUGGGUUCACUGCAUCACUAAUCACGGCAAACGGUCUAGCUAACUCAAACAAUGGCAUGGAGGUUACAUUAGCUUCGACAAAAGAAGUUACUAGUGAUGCCAGUAUUGUGGAUAUCAAACCAAAGAAAAUUCUACGUUUCAAUCCCAAAACUGGGACCAUUGGAUCUCCUCCCCCCCAAAAAUCGGUGCCUACCAAAGAGGCGGGAAGAAAAGCCGCCUCAAAGACGAAAAUCGUCAUCAUCUGCUAUGGUGAAAACCACAAUCUACCACUGGAAAUUGGACAGAAGAUAGAGGAAAUAUUGAAUGGUCCCACCAAAAUCCCGCCAACUGCCCCAAAACAAUAUACAGCACCACCAAACGCAGAAAUGCCUCCGACAAAUAUCGCAAAACCGAAACCUGUGCAUCCACUAUUCACCGGUAAAGCUACUGGAAAGCCAUCUACAGCAAACCAGAAACCAGCAGAAGUCCCUCCAAACCAGCCCAGAGUCAGUCCUAGAAAAGCUGCUGUGACUAGUCGCAUUGGAACCCAGGCGUAUGACAGACCGCAAUCACCAACGAGGGUCAUUGCUCCUAAAUUCUCCGGUUUUGGAAACUCCACCGGCAUAUUAAAAUUCCCUGGUGCCGUAGAGCCUGCGUGGCCAUGGGAAGGAACAAAUCAUGUUCGAGGAGAGACGGGAAUUUCUAGACAGGACGCCGAGGAGACCCCCCCGUCUCUUGUUAGAAUGACUAAGAAGGGAAAAUACCAGGCGAUCGAGGUAUUAUCCACUGAGGACAUUAUCUCUCGAUUAGCGACGAGCUUAAAUGUUGCACUUGUCACAAGAGAGAUACAAGAGAUCAACCUUGAUGAGUUUCCUUCAGUACCUCAAUGCCUACGCAUUCCCAAUAAGCACUAUCAGGGGGGGACCAUGUUGCAAAAGCGCUCGCGCAAGGAACUAAGCAUGAAACCUCCUUUCACCAAAUCAACGCCAACUUUGGACGACGACGAGCUUCAACAGCCAGGUGUGACGCAGAAACAGGUGCACCCAGCAACAUCACGAGUCUUCAAGUCCAUUGCGACUUCGCUAUCUGCGUUUGAUCAGGGUAUUUGUGAAACACAAUCGUGGGUACAAAAAUAUGCACCAAAAUCUGCCUCGGAAGUGUUGCAACAGGGUCGCGAAGCAAUGAUAUUAAGAGAAUGGCUGGAAAGUUUGACGGUGAAAGCUGUGGAAACGAAAAUGGCCGAUUCCAAAUCACAAGCCACACACAACGCUGAGGGCAAUGGAAAACGAAAACGAAAAUCCAAGAAACUUGAUGGAUUUGUUGUUUCCAGUGACGAAGACUUCGACCUGGAUGAGAUUACAGAUCCAGAAGAUGACCUUGCUGGCCCUGGCGGUUCUCUGAAUGGGAAGAAAACAGUUGUCAGGCCUAUUGUUGCGGCCAAAGACUCCAAGCGACUUCCAAAUGCUGUUGUGAUAAGCGGCCCCCAUGGCUGCGGGAAGACUGCUGCUGUUUAUGCUGUUGCAAAGGAGCUUGAAUUCGAAGUUUUUGAGAUCAAUUCUGGCAGUAGACGCAGUGGGAAGGAUAUCCUGGAGAAGGUUGGCGAUAUGAGUAAAAAUCAUCUUGUCCAGCAAUCCCACAAUUCGAUUUCUGUGGACGAGGAAAACCUUCGUAUCGAUGAAGCCUUGGCUAAAGACAUAGAGAGUGGUCGCCAAGGAACCAUGAACUCGUUCUUCAAGAAAAAGGAGCCCGCUGUAUCAAAAGCCAAAGACCCCAAACCUGCGACGAAGUCGAAAAAGGCAGUCGGAAUCAAGAAGUCCGAUUUACCGACAAAGCCUCCUAUGCAACAAAAGAAGCAAUCUCUGAUUCUUAUUGAAGAGGCUGAUAUCAUCUAUGACGAAGACAAACUCUUCUGGUCUACCAUUCUCACACUUGUUGCUCAAUCCAAGCGACCCGUCAUCAUAACCUGUAAUAAUGAGUCCGCGAUACCAUUACAGUCUUUACUAUUGCAUGCGAUUAUUCGGUUCACUCCACCUCCGGUCGAUCUCGCAGUCGAUUACAUGUUGUCGGUCGCUGCUUGUGAGGGCCAUGUUGUAAAACGCGAUGCAGUCAGAGUACUAUACGAGACUCGAGGCUGUGAUCUUCGAGGUUCCUUGAUGGAGCUGAAUUUUUGGUGUCAAUUUGCUAUUGGUGAUGUUAAGGGAGGUUUGGAUUGGUCCUACCCUCGCUGGCCAAUUGGUAGUGAUGUAGAUCAGAAUGGAGAGAAGGUUCGCGUCACCAGCGAAGGGACGUACCAGAAAGGUAUGGGCUGGCUCAGCCAAGACAUAUUGGAAAGCCACUCUCACGACCUCAACGUUGAAGAGGAGAUGCUCCAUGAGGCUUGGGAUGGAUGGAAUCUAGAUGCUGGGGACUGGCAAAAAUCGAUCGAAAUCGACUCCUGGGCGAAGAAAAUGAAGGCUGAAUCAACCAGCCGAGAAAGUGAUAUCGCCGCUCUUGGCAUCUAUGUAGACUUCACAGAGGCAAUGAGUGUUGCAGAUAUAUGUUCUGGCGGGGCUUUUGGAAAUGAUAACCAGGUAUGCAUUCUCUUAUUUGUCCCUAUCUCGUACUAACAUCUAUAGAUUCUCAUCGAUAUUGAGCAACCAGUCUUGACUUCUAAGGCCCGGGAAGACUACAUUCUUGCAUAUCCCAUUGUUGAAGCUUUGCCCAAAGUUGAUUUUGGUUCGAUAACCAAAAGUGUUUCGUUACAUAUGAAAUCCAGGGCUAGGAAAAUUUUCCAAGAAGAUUCACAUAUAAGACACGGCCUUGAAGUACCCCAGGAAUUUUCUGCGCCAUCGGAAUCUGAGUUGCUGGGUCUUAUCACCAAGCAAAUAUCUGCUCCAGAGCCGCAAAUUCGCCGCAUUGAUUUCAGUCUGGCUUUUGAUCCCAUCUCGGAACCAGAAAAGGCCUACGUAUGGUCCUCAAAUAGCCUCGAAGCUUCUUCGUUCGACCGUACCAUUACCAUGAUAGCACUGGAUCUAGCCCCGUAUGUCAGAUCUAUUGUCGCCUGCGAUGCACGCCUACAACAAGAUCGUGCUCGCUUGAGCAACUUGUUGAGUGAAGGAGGCAGGCAAGGGAAGCGGAUGCGGACAACUAGAGCAGCCAUGUCAGCAUUGGAAGGGAGUACGAGAAGGACGAUUCGGAAGGAAAGGUACUUUGGAGACAAGCUGAACAAAAAUUUCGUUCUCUACACAGGGAUGGAAAGUUGGCUUGAAGCAGCUUUCCUAGAGGAGCAGGCGUCUCGGGAGACACUUGCGCCUGAUGAUGUAAGCGGUACUGGCGGAGAGGGAAGUGAGGAUGGAACGGUAGUGGAAAAUGGCCCACAGCUUGUCAAGAAAGUGAGAGGAAGUGGGGCGCGGGUGCAGUCUUCGUCUGGCAGCGAUAGAGAUGAGCUGGGCGAAAGUGUUUCGUGAUUUGCAUCAAGCAGAACUCGUGAUUUUGCUGGCUGCUUAUGCUGGAUUACAGUUGAGAAGUAUAUAGGAGUCAUUGGGCUACUUUGAGCAUCUCAUGUUGCAUACGUUUUGCAUGGUGCAUUGGGGCAGGGCGUUGAAACGAUUGCAUUGCAUUUACACUCUUUGCUAGAGCACGCACCUAGAUAGGUCAUGGCAGAAAACCUUGCCUUAAGUGAUGGAUAGAAAAAU